GGGGAGGCGGCGGCGGCGGGCGCUGAGACCUCGGGCCGGAUGGAAACUGGGGGCGAUGCCAGAGCGGCACCUCGGCGGGGCGGCAGAGGCGGCGGCCGUGGCGGGGUUCCAGCGACUGCCGAGCCCGGCGCUCCCCCGGCUGCGGAGACCGGUGUGAACAUGGAUGGGCCCGGCGGCGGGGGGAGCGGGGCGGCCGCGGGCACGGACGCUGCUGCAGUGCCGGGAGCCCCUGGAGCCCCCGGGGCCCCCACCCCGCCGCCCCGCGGCCCCGGCUCCAGGGACCCGAAGCUGGUCCACCAGCGGUUCCUGCGGCGGAGCGUGGUGGACUCGGACCAGGAGGAGCCCGCGUUCGACCUGCCCGAGGCGGAGCACCAGCGGAGAAUCAUCCUGCUCCCCAAAACCAGGAGGAUAAUCGCGGAGCGGGCAAAGGCGGGGCAGGGGGCGGCGGAGGCGGCGGGCCGGGAGGCCGAGCCCCCCGGGGAACCGCGGGCAGCGCCGGCCCCGGGCAGCGCCGCGGGCGCCGAGGAGCAGAAGGAGCCCGGCAAGGAUGCGGAGCGGAGAGAGGCGCAGGAUGCUGCCAAGGACCAGGGCAAGGCUAAGAAAGAGGAACCCGAGGAAGAGGCUGAUAUGAAAGCCGUUGCCACCUCGCUGGAUGGCAGGUUCCUAAAGUUUGAUAUUGAACUCGGGCGGGGAUCCUUCAAAACGGUCUAUAAGGGCCUGGACACGGAGACAUGGGUGGAAGUCGCGUGGUGUGAACUGCAGGACAGAAAGCUCACAAAAGUGGAGAGGCAGAGAUUCAAAGAGGAAGCGGAGAUGCUGAAAGGCCUGCAGCACCCGAACAUCGUGAGGUUUUACGACUUCUGGGAAUCCUGCGCGAAAGGCAAGAGGUGCAUCGUGCUGGUUACCGAGCUGAUGACCUCUGGAACGCUGAAGACGUAUCUGAAGAGAUUUAAAGUGAUGAAACCAAAAGUCCUGCGGAGUUGGUGCCGGCAAAUCCUGAAGGGUCUUCUUUUCUUGCACACAAGAACUCCACCAAUAAUUCACAGAGACUUGAAAUGUGACAAUAUUUUUAUUACUGGACCAACUGGAUCUGUGAAAAUAGGAGACUUGGGUCUGGCAACCCUCAAGAGAGCUUCUUUUGCCAAAAGUGUAAUAGGUACGCCGGAAUUCAUGGCCCCGGAAAUGUACGAGGAACACUACGAUGAAUCUGUGGACGUCUACGCGUUUGGAAUGUGCAUGUUGGAAAUGGCUACCUCAGAAUACCCUUACUCAGAAUGCCAGAAUGCUGCUCAAAUUUACCGAAAAGUAACCUGUGGUAUAAAGCCAGCGAGCUUCGAGAAAGUUACUGAUCCUGAAAUUAAAGAGAUAAUUGGAGAGUGCAUCUGCAAAAAUAAGGAAGAAAGAUAUGAAAUUAAAGAUUUAUUAAGCCAUGCCUUUUUUGCUGAAGAUACUGGGGUAAGAGUGGAACUUGCAGAAGAAGACCAUGGUAGGAAAUCCUCUAUUGCCUUAAGACUCUGGGUAGAAGAUCCUAAGAAACUGAAAGGAAAACCCAAAGAUAAUGGAGCCAUUGAGUUUACUUUUGAUCUGGAGAAGGAAACUCCUGAUGAUGUUGCACAAGAAAUGAUUGACUCGGGAUUUUUCCAUGAAAACGAUCUCAAGAUAGUUGCCAAGUCCAUACGGGACAGAGUAGCGCUGAUCCUCUGGAGGAGGGAGCGGAUCUGGCCGAGGAUGCAGUCGGAGGAGCGGCGGGACUCGGAGUGCCUGGAGAAGCUGAAGGCGCCGCAGGCGCAGCAGGUGCAGGUCACGUACCUGUCUCACACCGGGCACCACAUCCUGUCGGAGCCGGAGGAGCCGGAGGCGGACCAGCACCCCUUCCAGCAGAACCUGCCCACCAGCGUCACCUCCGUCGCGUCUGACAGCACGUUUGACAGCGGCCAGGGCUCCACUGUUUAUUCUGACUCGCAGAGCAGCCAGCAAAGCGUCAUCUACUCGUCCCUGCCUGAGGCGGUGCCCCCGGCCAUCCAGCGGGUGUACAGCCCCCCCCUGAGCGAGAGCCAGCCCGUGCCCCACAGCCUGCCCCAGCUCGGGCACUACCAGCAGCCCUCAGCACCCGUCCUCCCCGCGGUGCCACCAGCGCCCGCCGUGGUGCCCCAGCACUACCAGGAGCCGGCCAUGCCGUUCCCGGUUGUCCAGCCCACCACGGUCGCCUCCCUGCCGCUGGCGCAGCCGCCGCCGCCGGUGCUGGCCGGACAGCAGCAGCAGCAGCCCAUGUCCCAGGCGGCCCCCCUGCAGCAGGUCCUGGCCAGCCAGCCCGUGUGCCCCCUCCAGCCCACGCCGCACCUGCUGCCCCCGUUCCCGCCGCAGGGCUCGCAGGUGGCGGCCAGCAGUGCCCCCCUGAAGCCCCUGCAGAUCUCCACCGUGCCGCAGCUCCCGCCCGUGGCCCCCUCCCAGAUUCCUCAGUUUCCCGUCAUUCCUGCAAUUACUCCUCUGGCAGGCCUUGACAGCCUCCCUCCAAACCUCUCCGACAUCCCCGCUGCGAACGUGCCCCCCAUUCCCGCUCCUUCCCAGUACUUCGCUCCGGCCGUGAUCCUGCCCAGCCUGCCCAUGAACCCCACCCUGCCCAUGGCCCCCAACUCCCCCGCCCUGCCCAUGCAGGCCGUCAACCUGCCCCACACCACCGUGGCUUCCCUGGUCCUGCCCUGCCAAACCAUCGUGCCAAACAUGUCGGCCGCCACCAUCCCGCUGCUCGCCGUGGCCCCGCCGGGGGUGCCGGCGCUGCCGCCGCACCCCGGGGUGCCCCCGCUGCCCCAGCAGCCCAUCUUCCAGCCCGCCUUCCAGCAGAUCCUGCCCGGCGACGCGCCCUCUCCCCACCACGCGCAGAGCGCCCAGGCCGUGUCCCAGCCACAGCAGCCGCCUCCUCCCGCUCCUCCGGCGCUGCAGCCGAGCGUGAUCCACCCUCCCGAGCCGGCCCUGGCUGCACCGGGGGCUGCUCACCAGCCCAUGCCUGGACACACUCAGUUUGCUUUGGAUGCUGGAGCCCAGGUGCCCGUGCUGCCGGUGCAGCCCUCGAUAGUCAUGUCACCGCCGUUGCAGCUGCAGCCUGAACUGGUGCCGCCCUGCGUCGCUCCCGAAGGCGCUCCCCAGGUCCAUGGCAGCCUGGCCACGGCCAGCCCGCCCGUCCCCAUAGACCCCAGCCUGCCUGGCCAGCCCUCUGCUCUGCUGCAGCUCCAGCCUGAUCUUUCCCAGCCCCCGGGCCAGCAGCUCCCAGCCCCCUGCUCGGCUGUCCCGGCAGGCGCAGAGACAUCUCAAGAGGAGCAGCCAAUACAGGACAAGCUGCAAACUCUGUCCCAGAGCUGUGAAAGCUACAUGAGUCCAGAUGUUGCCUCGGGUAAAGAGAUGAGUGACAGCUUUGAAGGAGCACUAGGAGGUGGAAAGCAAGAAGGAAAGUCUUCGAAGAAGCAUAAGAAGUCCACGCGAGCUCGUUCGCGCCAGGAGAAGUCCAACAGGCCCAAGCUGACCAUAUUAAAUGUGUGUAACACGGGGGAUAAGAUGGUGGAGUGCCAGCUUGAGACCCACAACCACAAAAUGGUGACGUUCAAGUUUGAUUUGGACGGCGAUGCGCCGGAGGAAAUCGCCACUUACAUGGUAGAGAAUGAGUUCAUCUUGCAGAGUGAAAAAGAGACUUUUAUUGAGCAAAUGAAAGAUAUCAUUGAUAAAGCAGAAGAUAUGCUCAGUGAGGAUACAGAAGGAGAGCGAAGUUCUGACCAGGGAACGAGUCCCCAACAAGAUGCUGAUAGGCUGGAAAUGAGUGAGGAGAAGCGUCAGUCUCAAGUGAAGACACCUGUGUAUCAGCAAAAUGUUUUGCACACUGGAAAAAGGUGGUUUAUUAUAUGUCCUGUGGUGGAAAAUCCAACUACGGAUGCCCCUGAGUUUUCUCCUCCAGUACCUCCCAGUGCCCAGCAGGCAGAAGGACCAGACCCGGAGCAGGAUGAGCAGCCCGUGAGCUCCGCAGUGACAGACAUGCCCGGGGUCGGGGCUGGCCAGCAGCUCCCCCUGCCCGCAGGGGUCUGUGACAGCCCCCUCAGAGCUGCUCCGUCCUUGGCACCAGCUCCCGCUGCAGCAGCUCCCACCAGCGCCCCGAGCCAGGCAGAGUUCCCAGCCCCAGCACCGCUGGGAUCAGCCCCCAACAUCCCGGAGCAGGCGGCGGCCGGCGGGGCCCAGCUGGAGUACCCCCCGGCCCUGGCAGCCAUGCCCCCUCAGCCGGGGGGGCUGGAGGAGCCCCCCGACGCCGCCCCCACGGCCCCCCAGCCACAGUUGCCGGCGGAUGAGGCCGCGUGCGUGCCCGACGUGGAGAUCGCCUGCUGCAGCGUGGGGCCGCACAAGGCCGUGCCCGCCGCUCCCGGCCCGCUCCCGGCGCUCCCGGACGCCGUGGUGCUGGAGCGGCAGCCUGUGGCGCAGGCACCGCCGCUGCCGGAGGGCGGCCAGCCCGGCGCGGGGCCGCUCGGCUUCGCUGGCCAGCCCUUCCCCGACGGGCUGGGGCUGGCGGGGUCGCAGCUGCAGAGCCCCACGCAGGUGCCGCUGGCCCCGGCACAGCCGCUGCCCGUGGUGCCGCCGGCACAGCCCGUGCCCGGCCCCGGCGCGGGGGUCGGGCUCCUGCAGCAGCAGAACCCCCCCGGCACCGCCGCCGAGUCCGACGGGGAGGGACCCCCCAGGGUGGACUUCGUGGACAACACGAUUAAAAGCCUCGACGAGAAGCUGCGCAAUUUGCUGUACCAGGAGUAUGUCCCGACUUCCUCUGCGUCGGCCGGGACGCCGGACACCUCUGUGCCGCCCGAACAGGGGGACGGUGAAUUCGCCUUGCCGCCUUUUCCUGAAGAACAAGCUCCUGCGUUGGCGUUGGAUGGGAGAGAACCGGGCUACAACGUCCCAGACACCGGCCAGGAGGUGAAAGCUGCUGCCAAGCCACCGGCGCCCCUCGUGCCAUCCGAGCUCUUGCCCUGCCCACCGCCGCCGGAGGUCACCACCAUCGGUCCACAUCCCUCGGAAGCAAGAGGUGGGUCAGCAAGCGGAACAGGACCAGCUGCAACCAUCACUUCAGCUCCUGCUGCUCCAGCAGAAGGUCUCCUUCAGGUUGCACCUACACCAUCAAGCAUAACUCCCCAGCUGGAAGCUUCCCAGAGGAGCGAGGAGGCAGAGAGGAUGGCUUCGCCCGCGCACACGGAGAGCGUACUGCGGCGAUCGACAGCAGAUGGGGUGAUGAAUAACCUUCACAGGGACGGCUCCCUGGACUCUGGUUCCUAUGGCAAACAGGCCGAGGCUCAGGAGAGCGGCACCCCAGCCAAAACCAUUGGCAGGUUCUCGGUGGUCAGCACGCAGGAUGAGCUGACUUUGGCGUCCCCGCACUGCCUGAGGUUCUCGGCGCCGCCGGACGUGUACCUGGACGAGCUGCCCUCCAGCCCGGACAUGAAGGCUGCCGUGCGGCGGGUGCAGACGGCCUCGUCCGUCGAUGUGCUCUGCGACCAGGCUUCCAGCGACUCCGCCGACGAGCCCUUCCCUCGGCAGCCCGCUGCCGCUGCCCAGCUCUCCCCGCCCAGCAGCAACGCAGCCACGGACUUGAUCAAAAAAGCUGCUGCUUUCCUGCAGAGGUCCGGCAAAGGCGGCUCCCCAGGCCUGGAGUCGCCCAGCGGGCAAGGGGCGAAGAUUCCCACCAUCAACAUAACGUCCUUCCACUCACAGUCGUCCUACAUGAGCAGCGACAAUGACUCAGAGUUUGAAGAUGCCGAUAUGAAGAAAGAACUGCAGAACCUGAGAGAAAAGCAUAUGAAAGAAAUUGCUGAACUCCAGACCCAGCAGAAGAAUGAGAUCGAGGCACUGUAUAUUCGGCUGGGGAAACCCCUUCCUCCCAACCUGGGCUUCCUUCACUCUGCCCCGCCCAGCGGCCGGCGCCGAAGAACCAGCAAAAACAAAUUGAAAGCUGGGAAACUCUUAAACCCUCUGGUCCAGCAGCUCAGGAGUGGAACAUCAAGCACAAGUAAUCUUUCAGACUCUAAAGACUCACCCCACAAAGAAACAAGUAAAUCCCAGCCGGGCUCCCCCGAAGCAGCCGCGGUGACGCCCCCCACACCCCCCACCUUCGGGAAGGCUGUGCAGACCCAGCAGCCCUGCUCUGUCAAAGCCUCUCUGUCCUCUGACAUCUGCUCCGGCCUGGGCCCCGAUGGAGCCGACGCCAACGCAAGCUCUGGCCAAGGCUGGACGGUUUUCCACCAAACGUCUGAGAGAGUGACCUAUAAAUCUAGUAGCAAACCUCGUACCAGAUUCCUCAGUGGACCUGUGUCUUUGUCCAUCUGGUCCACCUUGAAACGACUAUGUCUAGGCAAAGAUCACAGUAGUAGUAACUAUCCCAUUUUUGUUUCUCAGUAUUUCCUUCAUGGCAUGGGAUGUUCUUUGCUUUUUUUAUUUUUAUUUUUUACUAAAAGCUAGUUGUUUAAUUACUAGAGCUGAUGCACUUCUAUGAGAUACAUAAAUUGUGGUACUUUUGAGACUAAUGCAUGUGCUGUGAUGUCUUGGGAACCUCGCAUGCUGCAAGAGAGUUGUGGUGUUUCUGUGUGUGUGUGUGUGUGUGAGACGUGCACGCAUGCAGCCAGGAAACUGGGUUCAGUGUCUGUCUCUGAAAUACACACCUUUAUAUGACUGCAGUUCUCUGCUGGAGGAAUUGAGAGCUUAAAACCAUCCCGGCCCCCUUGAGCUGCAUGAAAAUGAUAAAAAACACCAAUUUGAAGAGCUUUCCCUCUCAAAAGCCUUAUUUUUCUCACUUUCCCCCAAGUAAAGGAAAAGGGAUUGAGCGGUGUUCACUCAGAAGUGACGUUGCAGGUUGAAUGCAUGAUCAUUUAAAGGUCAUUAACGUAUUUUAUAUAAUCGUAUAGGACUAAUUAGUGGACUCGGUUUCAUUGGCUGGUAACUGAUUAACAGAGAAAAGAAGACUAAAUGUUCACGUUUGCUUAUGUUAUAAUUUUACUACAGUUCUAUGAACUUUUUGCUUGGAGAGAUGGUCUUUAUUUCCAAUUUUUAGCUAUCUAUCUAUCUAUCUCAAAUACAGUCAGAUGAAAAGCUGCUUUCCAUUUCCUGCUUAGGUCAGAUUCAGGCUCCCUCAAUUGCAGUUCCCUGAUGAGCUUGCUGUGCUAGACUUGUAGUUACCAACACAGAAAAAGCACAGAAAAUUUUCUUUCCUAGCGAACAUAUAAAAUUAAACCUCUGUCAAUAUUCUUCCUGACUGUUUUUAUCUAUACCAAAAGUUCCUUAUCUUUGUCUCAAAAAUUCACCCCCCUGCCCCCACUAAUUCCUCUCUCCUUUGUCUUCUAUACAUUCGUGUUGCUAAUGGGGCUUUUUCCCCAAAAAUACACAAGUGACCAAAUAAAUUGUCCUGACAUCACUGAUAGAGGUGGUGAGUUCCCCAAGCCUUUGAGGCGCUGGAGCCAGUCCUACCUGUAACCUCUGCCACAACUGCAUUUCUCCAGGAGGACAGUAAACUUAAUGCAAGCAAAAUAAAGGGUAAAUCAGUUUUAUAGUUUUAGCAAUACAUCCCACCUCCCACUUUCUCGUGGGGGUCUCUGGUGAGGUGUUGUCUGCCUCAGGAUGGCAGCCUUACUGGGCUGCAUUCCUGGCUUCUCUCCCCAUCCUUAAUUUCCCCAGAGAGAAAUUAGUGGCCAAGGUAGCAUGAUGUGAUAGAAAAUACAAACCCAUUGGACUUGGACCAUUUCUUUAAGCAAAGGAGUUCUGUAGCCAGGAGAGGGGGAGGGUUACAAGUCUGAAAAGCCACCGUUGGAGUGGCAGUAGAUGAGAAGGUGUUUGAGCUGCAGAGCUGAGGCAGAGACGUCACUGUCAGUUCUCUCUGUGUGGUU